CUUUCUUUCUUUCUCCCCCCUUCUUUUCUUCCCUUUCAGCAAACCAUAAUCUUUUGCUUUUUUUUUUUUUUAUUUCAUUCUCUCUCUCCAUUUUCUUGGUUUUAUUUAUUUGUUUAUGUCAUGGCCGAACCAUCUCUCGAAUCAUUAGGCGGCGGCGGCGGUGGUGGUGGUGGUGGUGGUGGUGGUGAAGAAGCUGGACUUGAGUUGGGUUUGGGGCUGAGUCUUGGAACUUGCGGCGGCGGUGGUGGUGGUGGUGCGGUGGCGGCGAAGGGGAAAGGUUCUGCAUGGGGUGAGUACGGGAGGAUAUUGACUGCGAAGGAUUUUCCGAAUGGGUUCGCGUGUGGUAGAAGCGCCGCCGCCGCCGCCGGUGGCGGCGGAACGAAGAGGGAAAGAUCUGCUCCUGAUUCUGUUCAUCAGGGAUCUGCUACUUCUGCUGCUGUCAGCAGUCAGGUUGUGGGAUGGCCUCCUAUAAGAGCUUACAGAAUGAACACCUUAUUCAACCAAUCAAAAUCUUCCAAUGCGGAAGAGGAAACGGGAGUUGGCGGGAACGAAAAAAACGAGUACUCGAAGAAGAAGAUCAACCAUGGAAAUGACCAAAGAGACCCUCUAGUUGCUGAAGAAAUCGGCCAUAUUCUUGGAUUCGUGAAGGUGAAUAUGGAUGGUUUGGCGAUUGGAAGAAAAUUGGAUUUGAAUGCUCACAAGAGCUACGAAUCGUUGGCUAAUUCGUUGGACGAUAUGUUCUUCAAUCCAUCCCAUACUAUCCGUGGUGGAAAUGAACAAUCUAUAAAACCUGCAAAGCUUUUGGAUGGUUCAUCGGAGUUUGUGCUAACUUACGAGGACAAAGACGGAGAUUGGAUGCUUGUCGGUGAUGUUCCAUGGAGGAUGUUUCUCAACACUGUAAAACGACUAAGGAUCAUGCGAACUUCCGAGGCUAAUGGACUUGCUCCGAAGUUGCAAGAAAGAAGCGAAAAUCAAAAGGGAAAACAAACAUAGAACCGGUGCUCGAAAGGAAUUUGCAUCUACGUACACUUGCUGCCUGAAAUUGAAAACAAGAAUAUAAUGGCUAAAAUAUAUAUACAUGUUCGAGUAAAUCGGCCUUUUUUCGUCUUUUCUUUAUAAUUUAUUUAUUAUUUUCUCAAAAUGUUUUUCUUCUUGGGAGUUUGUAGAGUGUGAUCACUGCUUCUGGUGUUUUUAUAUUGUAAGCCAUGUGUCUCAAAAUUAGAGUUUGUUAUGCUUUUGUUGACGUACACAUUUCACUGAUAUAUAUACUUUAUUUUCUAAUUAUAUGUAUAUAUAAUAUAUAUGUGAGAUUGUCUCA